GUGGCGACCUGUCUCAAGCCCGUCAAAACAGUCAAGAUAAAUGUCCGCAGUACUUUGCCAAUCUAUAUGAUUAAAAGACUAAAAAAUAUGUAUUGGAAAACAUUUUCGUCCACAUUAAGUCACACUGUGACGCUGCCACUGAUUCGACAUCUACGAAGGAGUAUGGCUUCUGAUACUGCAACCCGGUUUGAUCUUCUGGUGAUAGGCGGUGGAUCCGGAGGACUGGCUGGGGCUAGAAGGGCGGCGGAGCUAGGCGCCUCUGCUGCCGUGAUCGAGAGUCACAGGCUCGGAGGUACCUGCGUUAAUGUCGGUUGUGUUCCUAAAAAGGUUAUGUGGAACACAUCUCUCCAUGCAGAGUUUCUGCAUGAUCAUGCUGACUAUGGAUUUGAAGGAGCACAGGCUCAUUUCAAGUGGCAGAACAUAAAAAACAAAAGGGAUGCUUAUGUUGGCCGCCUGAAUAAAAUCUAUCAGAACAAUCUUGACAAGGCCAAAAUUGAGACCAUUCGCGGCCUUGCAAGAUUCACUGAUGACCCUGACCCUACUGUGGAGGUCAAUGGGAAGAAAUACACUGCACCACACAUUCUCAUUGCUACUGGUGGUCGUCCAGCAGUUCUCAGUGACAACGAUGUGCCAGGAGCAGGUCUUGGAAUCACCAGCGAUGGUUUCUUUGAAUUGGAAUCCUGCCCCAGACGUACUGUUAUUGUAGGGGCUGGUUAUAUUGCUGUAGAAAUGGCUGGAAUCCUUUCCACCCUUGGGUCCAAAACGUCCCUCAUCAUUCGACAGGGAGGGGUACUGAGGAACUUUGAUGCCUUGAUAAGCUCAAAUUGCACCAGAGAACUGCAAAGCAGUGGUAUUGAUUUAAGGAAGAACACCCAGGUAAAAUCGGUGAAAAAGACCGACAAAGGGCUUGAAGUCACGCUCGUCACCAAAGACCCAGAGCAGAAAGACGCUGAGGAAAAGAUAAGCACCAUCCAGGACGUGGACUGUCUGCUGUGGGCCAUCGGCAGGGAGCCCAACACGAAUGGGCUCAACCUCAGUCAGAUUGGUGUGGACCUUGAUGAGAGAGGCCACAUAAUCGUGGAUGAGUUUCAAAACACUACUCGUAAGGGUGUUUAUGCCGUGGGAGAUGUGUGUGGCAAAGCUCUUCUCACGCCUGUUGCCAUUGCUGCUGGCCGGAAGCUUGCACACCGGCUGUUUGAGGGCAAGGCGGAUUCUAAACUGGACUACAGUGUCAUUCCAACUGUGGUUUUCAGCCACCCACCUAUUGGCACUGUGGGAUUCACUGAAGAUGAGGCCGUGAAAAGCUGGGGAAAGGAGAAGGUGAAGGUCUACACCACAUCCUUUACUCCUAUGUACCAUGCCAUCACCACCCGCAAGACACAGUGUGUAAUGAAGCUGGUCUGUGUAGGCGAGGAAGAGAAGGUGGUUGGUUUACACAUGCAGGGCCAGGGUUGUGACGAAAUGCUUCAGGGUUUCGCUGUGGCAGUUAAAAUGGGUGCUACAAAAGCAGACUUUGACCAAACCGUUGCCAUCCAUCCAACUUCCUCGGAAGAGCUGGUGACCAUGCGUUAACCUUGCUCUCUUCUUUUCAUUCCUCUUCAGCAAGUCCUGCUGUAUUCCCAAAGACUGAAGUGGCACUUAAUUUACAUAUUUUGCAGAAGCUUGUGUGCUUGUGUUGGUAACCACAUUUUCCUCCAUUUCUCCUGGAGUACCAUUACAGUAUUUUGAGAGAGAUCACAGACCAAGAAAUUGUGGAAGUUUUUUUUUUUUCUUUUUUUGCUUGGUACAUACCAUUUAAAACAUAUUGGAAAAUGAUCAUGUGGAAGUGCAGAUGUGGUUAUCAAGAAGCUGCUAAAAUAAAUGCAUAUUCUACUUUGUAACUACAGUAAUUAUAUUCUUAAUCUUAAUAUUACUCCAAACACAUCACCAGUUGCUACUAUAGUGCACAUUUCUCUAUUGUAUUGUAAUAUACUUUUAAUAAAAUGACACU